GUUGUUGAUACUGAUGGUCAAAACGUGGGUUCAAUUGUUAAGGGUUGGUCUGGAAUGCGAUCUGUAGUUAGCCAAGAUCGUUUAGAUAUCAACUCAGUUCCGAUGGAUCUCGAUGUAAAAAACAAAGCACUCAUGAUGGGAGCUGGCAUCUUGAUCGACUACAUGCUAUUUCAGCGAGUAAUGGCUGAUAAUAAUCGUCUAACUCGUGUUGCUUUAAUAUUACUCUCGUUGAUUUCUGUAAGCUAUGUAGGAUUACCCGUUAUCUUCGGUGUUAAUCAAAACAAAUCAUUCCGUUUGCAUGCAACUAAUAGCACAAAGGCUCGUAAAGAUGCUAAACGUCCACUUUUUAAAACUGACAAAAUUGUUGGAGCUAAAAUGAUCACUAUUGUAAUAACUGAUCUUAUUUGCUGGUUACCUAUGUAUGUGAUAUUGCUUAAGGCUGCAGUCGGAUUGGGACUUGCGAAACUUAUUAUUACUAUAAUUAGUUGA